ACACGGAGCCGCGGCGCCCAGAGCCGCUCCCGCUUCCCGAGCCGGCCCAGUCCCGUCCCCGCGGCCCCCAGCAUGCGGUGGCUGCUCUGCGCGCUGCUGCUGCUGCUGCGGCUGCAGCUCGGCCACAGCCGCUCCCCGGCCGCAGAGUUGUACAGCCUGGAAAUAACCAACAAUGGUCCCAUCACAACGGGAGCUCAAGCUACUGUUCAGGCCAGGCUAAGAAUGAAGAACGAAAAUGUCACAUCCAACUGGUAUCACUUUAACUGGGUCUAUGCUCCUCUGAUUCUGAUUGAGAAAUCCGAGCAGCAGCUUAAUUCCAUAAUUAACGUGACUGGUGAAUUCCCUGGCACUUUCCCUGUGUCUGUCUGGGUGACUCACAAACACUGUUGGUUGUGUCGGCCGAUUGCAAGAAACGUCACCGUGCUCCAGAUUACAGAAUUUAUCACAGGGAACCUCACCAUAGCCCAGAUAGAGGACAGCAGAGUUACCACACGUGGUUCUAGCCCCUCCACGGACACAGUGACCCGGAUUUCUUUCUCUCUUCAUGACCCAAGUCAUUACUUCAAGUCAGCAUCAUUUGUCUACAACUGGGAUUUUGGAGAUGGGGUUUACCAGAUUACCAAGGAACCCUUUGUCUACUGCAACUGCUCCUCCAUGGGGAACCGCACAGUGCACCUGAAGGUCGUGGCUGAAUGGGAGCAGGUUGGGAGCAUCAUUCACGAGAGAGAAAUGAUGCAGAAAACUGGUGAUUUUACCACAGCUCUGGAGCUCUUGGAUGCUGUUAAAAGUAUUGACAUAGUGGGCUCCAGAGAGACUCACGUAAUGGAAAACCUGAAUUUGUCUCUUCAUAUCAAUGGCACCCCACCACUAGCAUUAUGCUGGCUUAUAAAAUCCGAGUGCAUUCCACUUGAAGGUGACAAAUGCCAUCUGGUGGAGAUCAGUGGCUCCUGCUACAACCUCAGCCACACUUUCAGGGACGCGGGGCAGUACUGCCUCAGUGUCAGGGUGGAGAACGGCGUGACAAUGCUGCAGACGUACCACGGGAUCAAAGUGCGGCCAGCAGGAAUCCACCCAGCUUUUUUUGUCCUGCUCUGCACUGCUCUGGUUUCAGCGAUGCUGGUACUGGUGCUGUACACAACUUUUCGAAGUCACACACAACAAAAAGAUCUCGUGGAGGUAGCUGACUUUGACUUCUCUCCACUGGCUGAUGAACACCGGUCUAAUCAUUCCAAGUCAGGCUGUGGCCCAGUAUGUUGCAGAUCAUGUUUUCUUCAACCAUCAAAAGAAGCUGCCUGGGAGAGUCAUGAACUUCUACAUUCACUUUACAAGCCAGUCAAAAUGUACACACUGUGAAGAACACAAUUGCACUUUGUUUGCACUGUCUAACUUUCUCACUUAGGCUAAGCCAAAAAAGCCUGGUGCUGCAUGAAUGGUUUGGUUUUGCCAAUGCAAUGAGGUUCACCACUUUAAGUCCAGCACUUGAGUACUUCAUUUUCUGAACUUAAAAAGAACAAGAAACACAGUAAAAGUAGCUUUGUAUUUUUAACUUAUACGGGUGUGUACAUUUACAGCUGUAAAUGCAGCAUUUUAUUCUUAUGAAAGAUUGUUUUAUGUGCAGGUUUGCUAAAUUCACUACCUCUUGUAAUUUCUCUGUUCCUUCUGUUCUCUGUUCCAAAGAAGAAAAUGCCUAAGACAAACAUACCUCCUUUCCUAUGUACAACAACAUUACUGGAAAUGGAAGUCACCCAAAAUACUGUUGAAUGUGUAUUUCUUCUAUCAAGGAACUGAUGUGUUCAUGUUGAAAACAGAGGAGGUGUUUCCAAUGAACCAGACUACCUAAUUAUGUUGUCCUUUUUACUGUCUGAAAGGACUCCUUUUUAAGCUAAUGGGCUUCUGUCAGACUGCAGUGGUAGUGGCAUACUCACCUGCUAGCAGUAUUUUGGUCCUGCAUAAACCUCCACAUGUCCACCACUUUCUAAAAUAGAGCACCACU